AUGCGAUUUUUCCUCUUGUUAGCCAUCUUUUCGACAACAGCAAUCGUUUACUCGGCAACGUCGGUGGCUGCAAUCCCGUCUUCAUGCCAAUCAAUCGGACCAUCUUGCAAAACUUUCCUUAACAAAACAAUGUCAAAAUUGUCAACAAAAUUCACAUCAGUUGACAACAUUGUUUGCACGAUUAGCAAUGAUCUUGGAGCCUGUAUUGCGCAAGCGAAACCGUUCACGGAUUGCUUGGAUGUAUUGGCCUCAAAAUCGAACUCGUAUCUGACCAAGCUUGCGCUCGAGAAAGCGGCCAUGUUCAGUGUGGUCACUGAUUUCCAGAGUUGUCUCACGGGAACGAAAGAUCUCUCGAUGUUCGAUUAUUUGAAGAAAACUCUUCUCGUCGCUUUGAAAGCAAAACUCAAAGUGGUUUAUAAUAAAAAGAUUCAACCAAAGAUGACUUCAAUGAAGAACUCGGGAAAAACAACGAGUGCUAUGCUGGAAGCGGCUUGCGAACUGGGCACAGCUGUGGCAACACCAAAUUUGAUCUCUGAAAUUACAAAGAAAUGCAUGCUGUUGACGUAUAAAGCAACUUGGCAACAAUGCGUGAUGGGAAAAAUCGUGUCCGGCGGCGUGCUCACCAUUGGUAAAUUCAUCAAGUCCACAUUCAAAUUGAAAGCCGCAGCUCCUUCUGGG